CCUCAUUCUCCCAUUUUUACACACACAACACACAGUGGCACACACACAGAUAUCAAGUGCUGAAAACCUCAUCCAGAAACAGAGAUGGCUGUGGCCAACACUUGGGCCACAGGGCAUUCUUCCACUGUCCCAAUUCAUCAAUUAAGGCCAACCCUUAAUUCUUCUUCUUCAUCCUCAUCAUCUUUGUCAGAGCAGUUGAUAUUUGCCAAGAAUAAUAAGAAGUCUAUUAGCAGUCUUAAUUUUUCAAGAAAAGGGUGGUUGUUCAUUGGGAAGAACAAUAAGAAGUCAAGGCUUUAUUGCCUUAGCAGCAACAAUAAUGAUGAGGGUUCUUCUUCUUCUUUGGCCUCCUAUACUGGAUUUGAUGAUGAAAACAGCAAUAAUUCUCCUCCUCCAGCAUCAGAAUGGGAUUGGAAUUUGUGGGUUCGCCAUAUUUCAGAGAUUGAGCAAGCAGAGAGCUAUGCUUCUGUGUUAAAGUUCCAACUAGAAGAUGCAAUAGAGAGGGAGGACUUUCAAGAAGCUGCAAAGUUGAAAACAGCCAUUCGAGAAGCAACAUUGAAGGAUAGCAUUGCUGAAAUUAUGUCAGAAUUGAAGAAUGCAGUAGAUGAAGAGCGCUACCACGAUGCUUCGAGAUUGUGUCGUACUACGGGAAGUGGACUGGUUGGUUGGUGGGUUGGCUAUCCAAAGGAUUCUGAUGAUCCCUUUGGCAGACUGAUUCGUAUAACUCCUGGAAUGGGCAGAUUUCUUGGAAGAUGUUAUAGUCCAAGACAACUUAUCAAUGCAUCUCCUGGAACACCUUUAUUUGAGAUUUAUGUAGUGAAAGAUGUGAAUAACACAUACAAGAUGCAGGUAGUAUUCCUGCAACGAGUCAAGGGAAGUGGAGCAAAUUCAAGUUCAUCAUCUGAUUCUAAAUCCACUAAGGGUCUCUCAGCUGCUGAAAUUGAGAAUGCAUCAGUUGUUGAUGUUGAAGCGAAUGAGAAGGAAGCUGAAAAAGUUGAUGAAAAGAGCAUAGAAGUUGAGGAAGCUGCUGAGGAAGGAAUACGAAGUGUGAUAAAUUUUCUCAAAGACAAAAUUCCGGAACUGAAAGUGAAAGUGAUGAAAAUAAAUGUCUCAGAAGAGGUAACAGAGGAUGGUGAUGUCAAGCGGUUGAUGGAAGAAGACAAUGAAAAUGCAAUUUCAGCUGAAAAUUCUGAAGAGGAAGCUAGUGAUUUGGGUGGUGUACAACCGGAUCAAGUUGCUGCUGGAGAAAAUAGUGACACAGUUGAUGAAGGAAAAGAUUUAGAUUCAAAGCUUUUCAUUGGAGGAGUUUUACACAAUAAAGAAGACAUCUCUACCAAGGAUGAGUAUGUUCGUGUACCAGCUGAAAUUAAAGACAUGGAAAAAGAUUCUUUUAUGCUACAUAUUUCCAAUAGACAUCAGGAUGAUGAUACAGAAGAAAAUAUUGCCUCCAAGGUCAAAUUAGCUGCUGUUGCUGCAGCACAAGAUGUUUCCAAACUUAUGCCUCCAGAAGUGGCUAAGGCAUUUUGGAGUUCUGAUAAAUUUUCUUCCAAGAUUUCAAGAGAUGUACGUGAAAUAGUCAAGCUUGCUGUCAGUCAGGCACAGAAGAGGACUAGAUUAUCAGAGUACACAAACUUCAGUCGAGUUACCACCUCUAAAGGUGAUCUAGAUCCAUUUGAUGGUCUAUAUGUUGGUGCUUUUGGACCAUAUGGUACUGAGGUGGUUCAAUUAAGGCGUAAGUAUGGUAAUUGGAAUGCCACUAGCACUAAAGAAUCUUCGGAUAUGGAGUUCUUUGAAUAUGUUGAGGCAGUAAAGCUAACGGGGGAUCUGAAUGUUCCUGCUGGCCAGGUCACAUUUCGUGCUAGGAUUGGGAAAGCAAGUCGCAUUUCUAAUAGAGGAAUGUAUCCCGAUGAAUUAGGUGUGGUGGCCAGUUACAAAGGUCAAGGAAGGAUAGCUGAAUUCGGGUUCCGAAAUCCGAAGUGGGUUGAGGGGGAGCUUUUACAACUCAAUGGCAAGGGCAUGGGGCCAUAUAUUAAAGGUGCAGAUCUUGGUUUCCUCUAUGUUGUUCCAGAGCAAAGUUUUCUUGUACUUUUCAGUCGCUUGAAAUUGCCCGAUUGAGUCAUAAUCAUGGGGCUUAGUAGUACUACCACUUGAUACAGAAAAACUCCGAGAAGAGUUUCCUUCUUUCUUGGCUUUUGUUGAGAUGUUGAGACUUCACUUUACCCUGUGAGUUUCUCUGAGAGCAUUUUCCGAAGCUCUCUAGCACUUGGGAUUUAUUAUAAUGUCCCCUCCUCUUCCUUCCUAA